UUCACUGAUGUUUCCGCCGGUUUCUUCCGCGCGCCCAGGAGCGGUACGUAUGCCGACCGCAUAGUGUUCGCCACCUACAACAUGGAACUUACCCCCGAGGAGCAGGGCUUCGAGGAGGGCAGUUACGGCAUCGUGCUGGCAUUUAGCGUGCUGCACGCCACGGGCCGUCUGGAUGAGAUGGUGGCCAACACGUGGCGCCUGCUGCGGCCGGGCGGC